CUUGGAAAACAAUAGAUGAAGGCCGCUAGAGGACCAUUGGUGCUUCUCAUAUGCUCUAUACAACACAUCCAGUACAUUGUGUGUGUGUGUGUGUAUUUAUACAUACAUACAUAUAUAUAUAUAUAUAUAUAUAUAUAUCUGUUUAGUUUCCACACUUGUAGCCAUUCCUAUUUGUUUGCUGGAUGCAACAUACCUCCUUGCAGCGCUCAAGUCUGUCGACCACAUUUUCACACGCCGCUUCAUCCGUGGUUAGCGGAGAGCAAGCCAGUAAUGGCUCACUCUAGUCCCAGUUGGAUGAAUCCCUUCAGCAAGUCCCUCACUCAUCCAAACGCCACUGCACCGUUGUCUGUACAUCCCCCUACCUCGAUUGCCACAUCUAGCUCAUUCAGUUUCCCGCCAACUCCACCAAAAGACACCAGUCCGGACAGUAUCAAUGGCGGUGCUAACCAUGGCGACUAUAACACAGAGAACAAACCGUUUAAGGUAGUCGAUGAGAACGACCAUCAAAAUGGUAUUUUAGCGAGCGGCAACGCUGGCAGUGGCGGCGCGACGGGGGCUGCAGGAAUCCCGCAUUUUCUCAACACACACGGAUCAACUCACCCGGCUCAUCACAUGACCAGUUAUCCUUCCUACAUGACCGGAACUGAAUACAGCUCGACUCCACUUGGUUUUCACCCAGCCACCAGUAUGUUUAAAGCAACUUCAGCAUUAUCAAGAAGUCGAUCGAAAUCCAGAUCAAACUCAGAUGACUGUUGGCAGAACAUAUCUCUAGCGGAAAUAUCAAGCAAAUAUUACGGAGAGGCCCGUCUUGAGAGCGAAGGACGUGAAUGUGUCAACUGCGGAGCAACAUCUACCCCGUUGUGGCGGCGGGAUGGGACAGGGCAUUAUCUAUGCAACGCGUGUGGUCUUUACCACAAAAUGAACGGCUCAAACCGCCCACUCAUCAAACCCAAGCGCCGUCUGUCGGCCGCCCGGAGAGCGGGUACUAGUUGCGCAAAUUGUGGUACCACUACCACGACGUUGUGGAGACGGAACCAGAAUGGGGAUCCUGUCUGUAACGCAUGUGGCCUCUACUUUAAACUUCAUAACGUUAAUCGACCACUCACAAUGAAAAAAGACGGCAUUCAAACGAGAAAUCGUAAAAUGUCUACAAAGAGCAAAAAAAGUAAGAAAGGUAUGGCAUCAAUGAGCGACCUCUUAAAACCGUUAGACAAACCGUUCCCGGGAUCUGUGUACACCCCAAUGCAUGCACCAAUGGCAACCUACAUGACGAGCGGCUCUUCCCUUGGAGGCUCGUUUGGCUCGACUGUAGGAAGCCAUAUGCAAGCCUCGUCCGGCCUGUCUAGCGGUCUUUCAGCUGGCUUUAGUAACACUUUCAAUCCUUCUCUUACUUCGCAGUUCACCUCAUCGUUUCCCAGUAUACCCAGCAUUCCAAGUAUCAGCUCAUCGGGCCUCACGCUGUCCACAUCGUCUGGAAUGGUAGGAGCGAUGACUUCCGGCUUAAACCUGUCCACCACACCCAAUAUGGUGGGUGCAAUGGCCUAAGAUACCCAACAUUUUCACAAUAAAAGAAUAAUAAUCGUUA